AUGAGAGGACAGAAAUGUAUCAAUUCAGUGCCUGGGGGGACCGAUGGGAUUGUCUUCUGGGUACUACACCACUCCGGCGCCUUACUACACAACGACGUAUGCAGCCCCAGCUACUACACCACCAAGGCUCCCGAGUCCUACACAACGAAGAAGGCCGAGUAUUAUACAACAACAUAUGCUACUCCUAGCUACUACACCGAGUCACCUAGCUACUACACGACCAAAGCGCCAGAAUACUACACCACAGCAUCCUACUACAUCACUACAUAUGCUGCUCCGACCUACUACACUGAAGCUCCCAAGUCCUACUCAGCUCCAAGCUACUACACUGAGGCUCGAAAUACUACACCACUAAGGCGCCGGAGUACUACAACAACGGCUUACGCUGCACCAAGUUACUACACCGAAGCCCCCAAGUACUAUGCUGUCCCCAGCUAUACUACUACUACCGCUGCCUACUACACCGAAGCAGAAGCAACCAAGUACUACGUAGCUCCGACUUACUACACUGAAGCCGCUCGGUCUUACUACAGUGAGCCCACUUAUUACACAGAGGCCCCUCAGUAUUACUCCACCCCGUCUUACUACACCGAGCCCAGCUACUACACAACAACAACUUACUCCACCCCAGCUUAUUACCCUGAAGCUGCAAAAUACUACUCGGCACCAAGCUACUACACUAAAGCCCCGGUUUACUCUGCUACAUAUGCCAAACCAAGUUACUACACCGAUGCACCACAAUACUACACUGCCACUUCUUAUUAUACCACUAAGGUCCCCGAGUACUACGCUAUGGAAAAGGCCGAAUACUACCCUUCUACUUAUGCUGCUCCAGUUUACUACACUGAGGCUCCUAAAUAUUCGGCUCCAACUUACUACCAGAACGAGGCUCCGAAGUACUACACCACUAAGGCGCCUGAAUACUACGCGCCUUCUUAUGCUACCCCAAGCUACUACACCGGAUCUCCCGUCUAUUACACUACGACUUACUCCGCUCCCGAGUACUACAAC